AAUAAAUAAAUAAAUAAAAAGAUUAGGGGGGCCAUUAGCCGUGCAUUGUCAACGGCAUCGGAAAGAAGAAGCAAUUUUUUUUCCAAUAUGGAGAGGAUUCGGACGCUCUUUUGCUUCUCUCUACUGUCAAUUGUAUCAAUCUGUUCAUCGUCACAAUCGCAUUCUUUACCGGGUUUUGAGACUGAGUUGUUGACUCGGGAGCUUUUGGACUCAGCAAGGGAUGCCCAGUUCUUUCGCUGGUUGAAAAGAGUUCGUAGGAGAAUCCAUGAGUACCCGGAGUUGUCAUUUGAAGAGUUUGAGACGAGUCAACUCAUUAGAAAUGAGCUUGACUCGCUGGGUAUUAAGUACCAGUGGCCUGUGGCAGAAACUGGGUUGGUGGCCACUAUUGGAUCCGGGGCUCAGCCCUGGUUCGGUCUUAGAGCGGACAUGGAUGCCCUCCCUAUUCAGGAAUUAGUGGAAUGGAAGCAUAAGAGCAAGAUUAGUGGAAAAAUGCAUGCUUGUGGCCAUGAUGCCCAUGUGACAAUGUUGCUUGGAGCAGCCAAAUUGCUGAAGCGCAUAUCCCAUAAGUUGAAGGGUACCGUUAAACUUGUCUUUCAACCUGGUGAAGAAGGUCAUGCUGGGGCAUAUCACAUGCUAAAAGAUGGAGCUCUAGAAGGAGUUCAAGCUAUUUUUGGCUUACAUGUUGCACCACAUUUGCCCACUGGUACAAUCAGUUCGAAACCUGGUCCAAUUAUGGCUGGAUCAGGCAGAUUUUCAGCUAUCAUUCAAGGAAAAGGUGGACAUGCAGCAAGCCCACAUAAAACUAGAGAUCCAAUUAUUGCUCUUUCUAUGGCGAUCCUCGCACUCCAGCAGAUUGUUUCUCGAGAAACUGAUCCUUUAGAAGCCAGGGUAAUCUCAGUUGGAUUUGUAGAGGGUGGUCAAGCAGGAAAUGUAAUCCCUGAGACGGUCAAGUUUGGUGGCACAUUUCGGUUCUUGGAUGAAGAAAGUUAUUCCUACAUCCGGCGAAGGAUUAAAGAGCUUGUGGAAACUCAAGCAGCUGUCCACCAGUGUACUGCGACGGUCGACUUCAUGGAGGAGAAACUUAUACCUUAUCCAGUUACGAUCAAUAAUCCUGUGAUGUACGGACAUGCUAAAAAGGUUGGGGAAUCGUUGCUCGGGGUGAAUAAUGUGCUGCUUACCCCAAUGACUAUGGGAGCUGAAGAUUUCAGCUUCUACUCGCAGAAGAUGCCUGCUACAUUUUUUAUGAUUGGAACAAGAAAUGAGACGACCAAACCUAUCAAACCGUGGCAUUCGCCCCACUUCAUUAUUGAUGAAGACGUUCUUCCCAUAGGAGCUGCACUACAUGCUGCAGUCGCCAUUACUUACUUGGAUGGCCAUGUUGAAAAUCAGUAGAAGCAGAGGGCGUUUUCAUCUUUUCCACUGAAGAUCUCAGAGAUAAAUAACAAGGUGCCAACAAUCAAUGGGGAAAAAUAUAAGUUGAAUGAAUUUAGGUUUGCACUAAUUGGCACAUGCCUUUGCACCUGCCGAAUUCUGUCUUCUUAUGAAUAUCGCUUGAUGAGACGAGUUUCAAACUCACUUUUGUUGAUUUUGGCGCAUGUGUAUUAGCAUAAUUGUCUUUGAAUUUUUAAUAUUGUAAUUAAUACUGAAAUUAACCAAAUAAAAUUUUAGGCGAGCGAUUUGUGUA